UCCAUGAGCAAGAGAGCAAGUUGCUCCAGUUGCUCCGGAGCAGGCGAAUGUAAGGGGUGCCCACAGGGCCAGCUCAAGGGCUCAGGGGAGCACCUACCUUCUCCCGCAGGAGGGGAAAUGCUUAUUUUUCAUGCUUUACCGGGAGACUCACUUCCCUGCCAACCUUAGUUGCAAGGUUUAUUCUUAAUUAGAGUUGAGGAGCCUGUUUCAACUUGAAGACACCCGUAUCUGGUGAAUGGACAGCCAGCUGCCGCAAUGAAAGCACAAAGAACAGGGCCAUCCUCAUUCUGCUUCCGAAGAGAGCAUGUUAAAACUCGUCCCGAAAGGCACCGAGGAGGCUGCUGACAAACAGCCUCGCGCGGCUCAGCUCGUCUCACGCUCAGAGCGUCAGGGAAGUUCCCACCUCGCUGACGGGAACAAGUAGGCAUGGAGAAUCGAACCCAUCUAAGUUAUGAAAUCAAACCAGGAACAACCUAUGCUGGACCCUUGCCUCAGUCGUCCCCAAGUGUUUCCUGACACGUAUUUCAGCUCACAGUCCAUCACAACUAGAGAAUGGGGCUCAAUUUGACACUUGCAAAAUUACCAGAUCAUGAGCUGCACGGCCAAGGGAGUCAGGCUCCCAGCAACACGAGCGAGGGACCCGGAAAGAACACCACCGUUAACAACGAAUUCGACACUAUCGUCUUGCCUGUGCUUUACCUCGUCAUAUUCGUGGCAAGCAUCUUGCUGAAUGGUCUAGCAGUCUGGAUCUUCUUCCACAUUAGGAAUAAAACCAGCUUCAUAUUUUAUCUCAAAAACAUAGUGGUUGCUGACCUCAUCAUGACGCUGACGUUUCCAUUCCGAAUAGUCCACGAUGCGGGAUUUGGACCUUGGUACUUCAAGUUUAUCCUCUGCAGAUACACUUCGGUUUUGUUUUACGCAAACAUGUAUACCUCCAUUGUGUUCCUUGGGCUGAUAAGCAUUGAUCGCUACCUGAAGGUGGUAAAGCCAUUUGGGGAUUCUCGCAUGUACAGCAUAACCUUUACGAAGGUUUUAUCUAUCUGUGUUUGGGUGAUCAUGGCCGUUCUCUCCUUGCCAAACAUCAUUCUAACAAAUGGUCAACCAACUCGGGAAAAUAUCCACGACUGCAUGAAACUUAAAAGUCCCUUGGGAGUCAGAUGGCAUAAGGCAGUCAUUUAUGUCAACAGCUGCCUGUUUGUGGCUGUGCUGGUGAUACUGAUCGGAUGUUACAUAGCCAUAUCCAGGUACAUCCACAAAUCCAGCAGGCAAUUCAUAAGCCAGUCAAGCCGAAAGCGGAAACACAACCAGAGCAUCCGAGUGGUCGUGGCUGUGUUUUUCACCUGCUUUCUACCGUAUCAUCUGUGCAGAAUUCCUUUUACUUUUAGUGACUUGGAGAGACUUUUAGAUGAAUCUGCACACAAAAUCCUGUAUUACUGCAAAGAAAUGACACUUUUCUUGUCUGCGUGCAAUGUGUGCUUGGAUCCCAUAAUUUACUUUUUCAUGUGUAGGUCAUUUUCCAGAAGAUUAUUCAAGAAAUCAAAUAUCAGAACCAGGAGCGAAAGCAUCAGAUCCUUGCAGAGCGUCAGAAGAUCAGAAGUUCGCAUAUAUUACGACUACACUGAUGUGUAGCAGGGGGCAACGGCCGCCGGGCCUUCUCUUGAUUGCUGAAGUCAUAUGUACAAAGUGUAAAUAAAUGUUUCUUUUGAUUA